AUUCUACCAAACACUGCAAAUUUUUGGGGCGUUGUUUAAUAAAUAAUUAAGUUCCAAAUUUACAUUAAAUUUUGUGUAAAGGCUUCAAAAAUUUUAUAUUUGUUAUAUACAUAUAUUAACUGGGUCAUUAAUUUAAUGUUUGUUAAGCAUAAUUAUUACAUUGACUGUACCAAAUAAUUUAAAGUUGGUGAUAAUUUUCCGAUAAAAAUUUUAAGUUGGUAUCAUUUAGAGCUUUUGUGACAUUCGGUUGGUGCAUUUUGAGCUUUGCCAAGAAUCACUGCCAAAAGCUCAAUCGUGACAUUUUUGACAGUUAUCAAUUGGUCAUAAAACGUAAAACAAUAUGCCGACAAACAAAUAUGACUAGCCUGACGUGUUAUCAUUCAGUAACAUGAGUUGAAAGUGAUACAAUAAGCUAAACAAUGUCGGGGGGCGAUAAAAAACGGAAGAACACUCGCUCACAGGGAUGGGAACCUGCUGGAGCCGAGUUUUAUCAAGAAAGAUAUCCCAUGGAUGCAGAAGAAGUAAUGCCACAAGAUCCUAGUCAGCUGGCUACAUUACUUCCAAGUAAACAAUCACGAACAGCUGGAACUACCUUGCGAUUGAGAACUCAUGAUUAUCGAACCGGCAGACGACAAACUAUGAAAAGAGAUUUGACUGAACACAGAAGAGCAUCUGGUCAAGAUAUUAUGGUCACAAUGCCAGAUUUAUCUCAAGAAUUUCCAAAUGAGCAAACAACUUGGAAGGAAAUAAUGGAGAUAAAAGAAUUACCAAUUCGAAUGGAUGAAAAGAGAAAACGAAAGGCAGAACUUUUGUCCCAACCGAUACUUCGACAGAGAGGCGUUGAUGAUACGAAGUAUAAAUUGAAAAAACGCUGGAUAAAGACUAACAAAAGCUUCAACGAAUUCCACACAAAACUGCAACUGUGGCGAUCGUCGUUGAAGGAAAUCGAAGGGAAUUACGGAAACGGUGUGCUGGCGUAUUUUCUUCUGCUGAAAUGGAUGUUCUUCCUAAAUCUGACGAUAUUUGCGAGUAUAUUUUUAUUCAUAACAGUGCCAACUCUUGUAUUAAAGGAAGAUGAAGGAUGUAAUGAUAACAUUACAGAGUUUAAAACUAAUGAAUCGUCAACGCCUCCAUUUAAUGUUGCCGACUUAUUUCAGGGUACCGGUAUCAUAGAAAACACUGCCUUAUUUUAUGGAUAUUAUCCAAAUGAAAUUUUUUGUUAUGUCACGGGGUCAAAUAGAAUGUAUUACAACUUACCAUUAGCAUAUUUGUUUAUAAUGAUUCUUUAUUUUGUGAUGUCUUUUAUAAAUAUGGUGCGUUCUGCCGCUCAUGGAUUCCGGGAGCGAUUGGUUGAAAAUGAGGGUCAGUUUUAUCAAUAUUGUAACAUGAUAUUUGCCGGUUGGGAUUUCUGUAUUCACAACAAAAAAGCGGCAGAAAUAAAACAUAAGGCGUUGUUAAAUGCAAUUACGGGGGCCCUCGGUACGGCCAAACAAGAAGAAGAUAUCAAAAACACGAAACGGUAUAAAAUCGUAUUUUGGAGAAUAUUUGCUUCCCUAAUCACACUACUCAUUUGGGGACUCUGUGGCACGGCGAUUUACUUCGUUUUCAAUUUUUCUGCGUAUAAACUGGACAAUUUACAACCGGAAGAGAAACAGUUCGAGUUUGUUUUUCAAUUUUUACCAUCAUUUUGUAUAGUGUGCAUGAAUCUGGUUGUCCCACAGAUUUUUAAGAGAAUUGUGAAUCUAGAGAAAUAUAGAUUUUAUGAUCAACUGACAAUUACGUUACUACGCUCAAUAGUUUUACGUUUAGCCUCUCUGAUAGUGCUCUAUUAUUCUUUGUAUAAACAAAUAAAGGGUGAUAAAUUAGUAAUUAAUUGUUGGGAAACUUACGUGGGACAACAAAUUUAUAAGUUGUUAAUUACUGAUUUUGCCACUCACAUUUUCAUUACGUUUUUUGUCAAUUUUCCGAGGGCCCUGUUGGCAAAGCAUUUCAAUAGUGGCAUCGUUAAAGCGCUCACUGAACAGCACUUUGAACUUCAUAGACACGUUCUCGAUGUGUUUUAUUCGCAAACACUUUGUUGGUUCGGGUUUUUCUACGCACCUCUCUUAUCCGCUCUGGCGUCAAUUGUUUUCUUUUUGUUGUUUUACAUUAAAAAAUUCGCCUGUUUAACAAACAGCACACCCAGUGUUGUUUUAUACCGAGCUUCCAGAUCAAAUUCCAUGUUUAUGAUUGUGUUACUUGUGUCAUUCCUCUUUGCAUUUAUACCUAUUACGUUUUCUAUUGCUGAAAUGGAACCAUCUAAAGAAUGUGGUCCUUUCCGCGGUCAAGAGUCUGUUUGGCACUUGAUUGUUAUGUUAUUUAAUUCCACUCCUGAGUGGAUUCAGAAAAUCUCAUACUUUUUAACCACUGCCACUUUCGCAGUUCCCAUGUUCGUCAUGCUGUUUCUAUUAUUAUAUUAUUACACUGCUAUAACCGCUGCAAACAGACAUAUGGUGAUUGUGUUAAAAAAUCAGCUGGUUUUAGAAGGGCAUGAUAAGCAGUUUUUACUCAAUAAAUUAAAGCAAAUUAUGGGUGAAUCUCGAAGGAAAGAAAGACAAAGAACAUCCGACUUUAUUAGAGAACCAGAAAGGAAUACAUCCGCUAGUAAUUAAAUGUGUAUUCCCAUCAUUUUAAAAUUAGUAGACAUCCACACUGUAAAAGUUUACAUUUUGUAUUAAUUUAAUAAUUUAUGCAGAAAAAUUGCUAAUUUUAUAUAUACAAGUAUCGAUUGAAUUUUCAAAUUUUUUAUUAUGUAAUUGUAAUUAUUUCUAGUAAAUAUUUGUUAAUGUCUAAUUGUAUAUGAAACAUAUACGUUGCUGUAGAGAAGUAAAUACCCGGGGAUGUCUAUGUUGUAAUUCUAUCAUCAAUUCUCAUCUUAUAUCAUCACAACUGCAUUUAAAAUUAAUUUUUAAUACAGGUAUAUAUUUGUACAUAUAAAUUAGGUACAUAUAAUAUCAUAUUUAGAUGAAAACAAUUUGGUGCUUUAGCUGGUAAUUUAGGCAGUUUUUACUUUUUUUACAUAAAUUUGCUCAGAAUUUGACCAAAUUAUUAUUUAUUUUUUAAUACAAAACUAUUUGGAACAAGUUUUAUUCUUGCCAAUUGUUAAACAGAACCUGCCACUUAUACAAAUCAUUUUAGGUGUUCAGACAACCUCUGGUCGUAUAAUUUUUAAUGAUUUUUUAUAUUUUGUGAUUUUUUCUAAGUCAUAUACCAAAGUAAUUGCAUUUUUAGGAUAUAAAAUUGCAAUUAUACUUUUUAUAUAUAUAUAUUCCAACAAUAUAUUUUAAAUAUCCGAUUUAUUUGUUACUAGUCACAUAAGUAUUUAUUUAUGUAAAUCCAAAUAAAACACAAUAUUGUA